UGAUGUUUCACUUUCAUGCAUUUCUCUUCUUCCAGAGCUUCUCCAUAAAAUCCACAGGCUGGUAUGGCCGAGGUAUCUGGAGGGUGGACGGACGUCAAGCCAGCAGAUAGCAAUGUGAAGGAAAUCUGUAACGAGGUGCGGCCCGAUGUUGACAAACGGGAAGGAAAAAGUUCUGAAGAGCCUCUGCAAUACACAAGUCAGCAGAUGAAUGGAAUAAACCAAGGGAUCAAGGUUCACGUUGGAGGUGAAGAUAGUCUGCACCUGAAAGCUCACCAGGAAUAUGAUCAUUUUGGUGUUGGAACAAGAUCACCAUUGUGGAGUCGAAAAACCUUAGCGAUGAGCUAGUGCCAAUGUAAUUUUGUCUUGCAAAAAUUAAUGAUGGUUGGAUUUGCUAUUUGCUCCAUCUCCACUAAAUCAUGAUGCAGACACUGAUUAAAUAGAUUUUUUAAACUUUC